ACACUUAUGAAUAACAAUACAGACAGUAAGGAAGACUCGCGACUAUCAUUGAAUGGUAUGGCUACACAACUCGGUAUCAACAUAGCAAUUGCAGUUGGUGUUUUAUUUCUAUUUAAUAUAUUGCGACCGAACAAUUCACUUGUCUAUGCUCCCAAAUACAACUUUACGGAUUCAAAUCGAUUUACCCCCCCCCUUUUUUUUGAAGGGUUUUUUGCUUGGUUCUCUCCAGUAAUAUAUACAUCCGACGCUGUACUUAUUGAAAAGAUAGGAUACGAUGCUAUAUUAUUUAUACAGGAAUGGCCGCCUCCUCCAGGUGUAGAAUUCUUAUCAAUUUCAACGAUAAAUUAUUAUGACGGCAAGUUUCAUUUCUCCAAUGGCAACUUAGAUUGGUAUUGGUCACAUGCAGCCUGCACUUGGCUAUUUUCUCUAAUCAUAUACAUUUUCUUAUGGAGGUUUUAUACACGAUAUGUCGAAUUCCGAAAACAUUAUUUUGAAAGCGAUGACUAUCAGCAAUCAAUGCAUAGCAGAACUCUAAUGAUAUCCAAUGUUCCACCAUCUAUGAGAACAAAUGAAGCACUAUCGAAAUGGGUCGAAAGUUUAAACUUGACAUAUCCAGCUCAACAAGUCAACAUUGGCAUUCAAAAUGAAGAGUUAGCAAAAUAUGUUGAAGAGCAUGAAAAAGCCGUGCGACAGCUUGAGAUUAUCCUAUCAAAUCAUUUGAAAGAUGGGCAAUUGAUACAGAACAAAAAGCGCCCUCUUAUACGAAUAGCAGGUUACCUUAACAGCUGUGGUGGUUACAAAGUCGAUGCAAUCAAUUACUAUUCCGAAAAGAUUCAAGAUCUACAGGAGAAGAUCACAAGCGAGCGUUCUAAAAUAUCAACCAGUAAAACUACCAACUACGGCUGGAUAACAUUUGAAAAGGUAUCUUGGGCACAUGCCACUGCUAACUUUUUAGCUUCGCCAUCUUCCCCAAUAAAGUCUUUGCCAAAAAGACUGAGCGAGGGGGCACAACUUUCUGUUGCAUUAGCACCACAGCCUAAAGACAUUAUAUGGUCCAAUUUAACCAUGAAUGAGCAUGUCAAGCGUAGUAAGCGACUAAUCGUAACUUGCAUUUUCUACGGUUUUGUCUUUUUUUGGUUCAUUCCUUGCAGUUUCUUAUCGACAUCCUCCAAUGUCAAGACACUGAUACGACUUUUCCCUAAUUCAACCAAAUUCAUCAAAGAGCAUUCGACGUUUGUCUCACUAUUAAGCUCUUGGUUUACACCAAUUGUAAUGGCUCUUUUCUUCUUCAUCCUUCCUAAAAUAUUAAGAUUUAUGUCACAGCAACAAGGCUACCUUACAGGGACAAGUUUGGACAGGCAGGUCCUAUCGAAACUAUUUAUCUUUUUCAUUGUCAAUAAUUUACUUGUCUUUACAAUUUCAUCUACACUUAUUGCCGUAUACACAGAGAUACAAAAAGCCGCUCAAAAUGGAACGACACUAACUGCAGGCCAGUUUUUCACCACUAUGGGAAGUAAUUUAACACAAGUUGCGAAAAAUCUUAGUGAUGUCUCUACAUAUUGGGUUAAUUAUGUCUCAUUAAAAGCUUUAGGUGUAAUCAUGGAUUUGGCUCAAGUUACAGUACUGGUUUUAGUAACAUUGAGAAAAUUUUUCACUCGGCCAAGUCCUCGCCAAUUGCAAGAGUUCACAAGACCAUCACCAUUCGAAUAUCCAUUAUUCUACAAUGUAUUAUUAUUUUUUUUUACGGUCGGGCUAGUGUAUUCUGUCAUUGCGCCUUUGGUCCUGCCAUUUACACUCGUCUAUUACCUCUUAGCAACGAUGGUUUUCAAGUACCUUUUAAUGUAUAUUUAUGUUACAAAAGUGGAAACAGGCGGACAGAUUUGGAGAUCACUAUUCAAUCGGUUAUUGGUCUCCACCAUGCUAUUUCAACUCAUAAUGAUUGGUGUCCUAAAUCUGAAAAGUGCGAAAAUACCUUCCGUUGCUGUCGCGCCCCUACCGCUACUGACUAUUUUAUUUAAAAUUAUAUGCAAUCGACGCUUUGAUCCUCAUGUUUAUUACUACACCACUAAAAUUGAAAACACAUACUUCGGUCAUUCAUCAGCUGCGCGUACUAACGCACCCAAUGACAGUCGCAGCAUAAAAAAUUCAGAGAAUACGGUAGGCUCCAGAUUUGGGUAUCCUGCCUUUUUCUCUGAACUGCCCAUACCAAUGGUUCAUGAAAAAGUACAGCAUUUGCUUCCUAAAAUUUAU